AUGCAAUCAAAAGUUGGUAAACAUUGUUUAUUUAAUGCGAGAAAAUGUGUAAAGAAGGCGAUUGAAGGUAUAUUGAUUGAGGGACGUUUAAUUGGAAAAGAAAUAGAAGCAAGACAUUUAGUGGAAGAACUGGAAAUGUGUAAAGGGUUACCCAUAAAAGACACAUCGAAAUGUUGUGUUCAUCUAUUUACUAGAGUUAGUUUUCUAUAUCGUGCGAUAAACACUGCGCUACGUGACAACGAUUUGAGUAAAGUGGAUACACUCGGACCAUAUUGCUAUCUACUUCGAGCCUAUAUACGUACGACAGGUACAGAUUACUGUGGACGCCUUUAUCGUGGCUGUAAUCUGUCAGAGGAACAAGUCAAUCAAUAUCGCAACGCCGUUUCUACGAAAGAAUGGAAAACUUGGACAAGCUUUACAUCGACAAGUAAAAGUCGACAAACAGCUGAAAUGUUUAAUAUGAAUACAUUAUUUAUAGUUGAUGUUAGAGAAAUAAAAAUGUGUUCGAUCCGUGCCUUUGACAUUGAAGAUAUAUCUCAGUUUCCAGAAGAAGAAGAAGUUCUUUUACCAGCUGGUGUUUUAUUUCAAGUUUUAGAUGUUGAAGAAGAUGCAAAGACAAAAAGUUGGAUUAUUCAUUUACAACUUUAA